AUGUCUGCAGACAAAAAGAAGGAAGAGACGACGCAGAACCGGAGCGAGUUCUUCGAGUCUAUCGGCAGCAAGGUUGACGGCUUCUCUGCCCCCGCCGAUCGCGACACCCAGGAAGACGAAGAGUAUCGGCCCGUCGAGGAGAUUGAAUCGCUUUGUAUGAACUGCGGCGAGAAUGGCGUCACCCGUCUCCUUCUCACGGCAAUCCCCUACUUCCGUGAAGUAGUCGUCAUGUCCUUCUCCUGCGAGCACUGCAACGUGCAAAACAACGAGAUCCAAGCUGCCGGCACUGUCCAGCCGAAAGGAACACACUACGAGCUCCGUCUCACCAGUCUCCAAGACCUCUCGCGGCAAGUCGUCAAGUCCGACACCGCCACCGUCAAGUUCAUCGAGAUGGAUCUGGAGAUCCCCCCCGGCCGCGGCCAACUCACCAACGUCGAGGGUCUGCUCAGCACCGUCAUUGACGACCUUGAGAUGGACCAAGAGGCCCGAAAACAAGGAUCCCCCGAGGUUGCCGAAAAGAUUUCCGCCAUCAUCGCCAAGGGCCGCUCCAUGCUUGCUGGCGACUCGUUCCCCUUCCGCUUCUACGUCGACGACCCGGCCGGCAAUUCCUUCAUCGCACCGGACCUCAAAGACGGCGUCGGAAAAUGGGAGAAGCGCGAAUUCACCCGGACCCCCGAACAAAACGCCCUUCUGGGCCUCGGCGACACCUCCGAGACACCCGCCGACUUUACCAACCCAGGCCUCGCCGCGGACGGCGAAAUCAUCCCCAACGAAGUAUACAGCUUUCCAGCAAGCUGUCCCGGCUGCAUGCACCCCUGCACGACGCACAUGAAAAUGGUAGACAUCCCGCAUUUCAAACAAGUCGUCCUCAUGUCCACCGUCUGCGACCACUGCGGCUACCGCUCCAACGACGUCAAAACCGGUGGCGAAAUCCCAGAGCUCGGCGAGAAGAUCACGCUCACCGUACAGGACGCCACCGAUCUCGCCCGUGAUAUCCUCAAAUCCGAAACGUGCGGUCUCGAGUGCCCCGAACUCCAACUCCAAGUCAACCCGGGCACGCUAGGCGGCCGCUUCACCACCGUAGAGGGCCUCCUCACACAAGUUCGCGACGACCUGCACGGCCAUAUCUUCGAAGCCAAUGGCGCGGGACGAGGUGGCGACUCGCUGAGUUCCUCCGAGAAGACGCAGUGGGAUGCUUUCUUCGCGGGCCUGGAUGCCGCCAUCAGGGGCGACAAGGAAUUCACCGUCGUUCUGACGGAUCCGUUUGCAAGCAGUUUCGUGCAACCACUCGUCGAUCCGCCAGCCUCUGAUCCCAAGAUCAAACGAGAGAAUUAUCAGCGAACCGACGAGGAGGAGGAGGAGCUGGGGCUCAAGGAUAUGAAGGUGGAGGGAUAUGAGGAGCCUGAAGAUACUGGCUCAAAAGAUGAAUAA